GUUCCUUGUCGCUGACUCUGGGGCUCGUCCGGUUCGGUUGCAUUCCUCCCGUCGCCAAAGCCUGACCGACACAGUGUGAAGGAGGAGGAAGAGGAGGAGAAGGAGCGAAUGCAUUAUUAUUAUUCAUGAUCGGACUUUAUGAACCGCGGAGUCGACUCUCACCGGACUCUUCGGCCGGAUCAGGCGGCUCCACUGAAAAGGCCUCGCGCGGAGACUGGAGCUGCGGAGCCACAGCACCGAUAAAAGCCUGUUUUCACAUCUGAAACGAUCCGAGGACUCAACGCUGAGGUCGACGCAGCUGCGGUGGAAGCAGCCGGCUGUGUUUUAAAUGAGUAUUUGCAAGAUGGCUGAUGACAGCUAACAAGGACAGCGGCGACGUCCCCUUUAAGGCUCGCGGGGUAUAUUUUGUAUUUUUACUGGUAAAAUACACAAAUAUGGCGACCUUUAAGACUAAUGAGCACCACGGACUGUAGCUUAGCGCGGAGCCCGUGUUCCGUGGAUCGGUACCUGCGCCGGGCCAGAACAUGGUGAGGUGACGUCUGAGAGGCCCGGAGGUCCGGACAGGCUCGGCGGCUGAUCGUGCAUGCCCACGCGCGUCGCCAUGGCCUCCGACAUGGCUGAGACGUGGAGGAACUGCUUCGAGGAGGAGCUCAUCUGCCCCAUCUGCCUGCACGUGUUCUCCGAUCCCAUCCAGCUGCCCUGCAAGCACAACUUCUGCCGCGGCUGCAUCAGCGAGGCCUGGGCCAAAGACUCGUCUCUGGCCCGCUGCCCCGAGUGCAACCACGCGUACACGCAGAAGCCGGGCCUGGAGAAGAACCACAAGCUGUCCAACAUCGUGGAGAAGUACAACGCUCUGAGCGUGGAGAAGGCGGGCGCGCCGGCGCUGCAGUGCAUCCUGUGCCGCCGCGGCCCGCCGCUGCCCGCCGCCAAGGUGUGCCUGCGCUGCAACGCGCCCUGCUGCCAGUCCCACGUGCAGACGCACCUGCAGCAGCCGUGCUCGGCGCUGGGCCACCUGCUGGUGGAGGCGGAGGCGCUGAAGUCCUGGACCUGCCCGCAGCACGACGAGUACCGGCUGUACCACUGCGAGGCCGAGCACACGGCCGUGUGCCAGUACUGCUGCUUCGCCCGCUGCCACCCCGGCCACGGCCACGCCGUCACCGACGUGGAGCUGCGCCGCAACGACAUCCGGCAAACCCUGCUGCGGCAGCAGGAGCGCGUGGAGGAGCGGGUGCAGGAGAUCGAGGAGCAGCUCUGCAAGCUCGACUCUGACAAGUGUGCGAUGGAGGACCGCGUGUGUGAGCUCAAGGAGGAGGUGCGUCUGCAGUACCAGCGGAUGCACCAGCUCCUGGAGGACGACCUCCGCCGCGCGCAGGAGGCUCUGGACCGGGCUCAGUCUCGGUUCUGCCAGGAGAACACUGCCCAGAUUCUGGCUCUGGGGGAGCAGCGCAUGGAGGCUCAGAAGCUGCUGAGCUCCAUCCACACGGCCUUCGGCAAAGCGGAGGAACUGAGCUUCAUGAAAAACACCAAACCCGUUAAAAUCCUCACAGACAGGUCUAACGCGUGCGUGGGCACCAGUCUCCCUCCUUACAAAGUCGGAAAUCUGAACUCGAAGCUUUUCCUCUCAGAAGUCUCCAAAAGAGAGAAGAGCUUGAAGAGAACGCUGGAAGUUCCCGUCACCCCUCCCUCCAGCUUUCUCCAGUCUGUUCCUGCUUAUCCCAGCGGUCAGAGCUCCGGCUCUGGAGCGGAGAAGCGGAAGCAUUCCGCAGCCUUUCCAGAAGGAACCGGGAAUGUUGGAAAAGCUGCCGCUCCGGGUUUCAAGGACUCCUCCUCCUCCUCCUCCUCCUCAUCUUCCUCAUCGAUAGCGAAGCAGCCGUACCUGGGCGCCGGCUCCGCCCCCGGCGAGGGCCAGUCCACCAACCAGCCGGCCCUCGGCCCGUGCGGCCCGCCUCACAUCAGUGAGGGCGGCGGCACGGGCAGCGGGAGCGGCUCCCUCUCCAACCACCAUUCAGGCUCCGUGUUCGGCUCCUCCCACUUUCCUCCCGGAGGCAGCGGCUCCUCGCACUCCUCCCAGCAGGCCGUGCUGCCGCAGUACGGCGGCCGUAAGAUCCUGGUGUGUACCAUGGAUAACUGCUACUGCUCCGGCGUGCCCUCGGUGUCCGGCCACCGCAGCCACCCGCCGUACCCGCGCUCAGGCUCCUUUCCCUGGGUCAGCGCCCAGGACUACCCCCCUCCGCCCGGCCUGGCCUCCGGGGGGCCGUCCAUGCAGGGCCUGGCAGUGAGGGACUGGAUAGACGCCUCGCAGACGCACAGACAUGCAGAUUUCUACGGGCUGUACGGACAGCCGUCCACAAAGCACUACGUGACCAGUUAACGCCACAGAGACACCGACCAAGCUAGCACACGCUCACGACUCAUUAACCGCUGAACCACAACUACAGACACACGAAAUACGUGUUAAUAUCCACUCAGAUUCGGGGGCAGGGUUGAUCUCACUGAGCUUUUUUAUGUUUUUACUUUGCUUAUUGUUUUACGUAGUGUAUCAUAUGAAAAAAGCGUAAAGAGCUCGUGUUUUAGACGUGAACGAGGAAAAAGACAGAGCGUUGAGAAAGGAUAAACUUUAGGAACGAUCGCGUCUCUUCUGCUUCUGAGGCUGAAGCGAUGGCAAAUAAUACCACUCAGUGUUGAGCUUUCACGUUAGUGUCUCAUGUUUCCAUGUAGUCGUCCCUCCACUUGUACUAGUUCAUGUUUUUCUGCCCGACUGACUUUGUUUGAUAGAUCUUUAAAAAAAAAAAAAAGAGGCUCCGGCCUCUUUGUGUCUCUUGAUUUCUAGCAUCAUGGCACUUCUUCCGUUCUUCGCUACGUUCAGGGAUGGAUUGUACGGCUUGAACACAAAAUGCUCUUCCAUGGAAUACCCACAAUGCACUUGUGGACGCCUUUAUGCCUGGACUACAGACGCUGACCCACAGGUUUCCUUAGGACCGGAAAUGUUCACCUGGAAAAGAGCGUUUCCGUUUAGUAAUUAUUCUGACUUUGUUAUUUGGUACAUGUGUAGGUUCCUUCUUCUCCCGACAGACUCUUGUGUUGGAGACAAAAAGACAAACCAGUGGAGCAUCUGGAGGAUCUGAUGAUGCUGGAGUUGUACUUCCUGCAGGGCAAAGAUGUCACUUCCUCUCAAUAAAGCACAUGAGCUCUCAGCUUCCUGUUUGCAGCUGAACGCACGCGGGGACGAGUUGGGUUUUUUAAAGCACUCAAAAAGGAGAACGGCGGUCGGGGGAACUGGGCAGUUUUAGAAUGAGUGUAUGAAAGAAAAGACGAGUGGGAAGUUUUUGCAUUAACCUUUUCUAAGACAGACUGGACUGCAGGUUGUAAGCAUUGAUUCGAACUCUAACUCUGUUACGGUCGACGGGAGACAGAUUAAAAAAACAACAACAAAACUUAUCUUUUUUUUGUAAAUAUUUUGUGAAAUGGAAAAAUUACAGAUGUGAUUUGGAGGAGGGUUCCAAAUAAACAGCAGAUUUAAAGCA